AUGGGGAAAGCAGGAAAGGGAACGGGUUCCUUCGGUAAGCGGCACGGGAAGACCCACUUCCUGUGCAUUCGGUGUGGUCGCCGCGCCUACCACACCCAGAAGAAAACAUGCGCCUCUUGCGGCUACCCCUCUGCUAAGAAGAGGACCUACAACUGGGGCGAGAAGGCGAAGCGCCGCCACACGACUGGCACUGGCAGAUGCCGCUACUUGAAGACUUUGCCUCGCCGCGCGAAGAACCAGUUCCGUGAAGGCACGCAGGCGACCGCUGUGAAGAAGAGAAAGACACAGAAAUAA